AUGUCUCGAGAUGUUGAAGCGAGCGGCAAGGGUGUCAAUGUCACAUCAUCUAUCAGUCGAAGCAUAUGGUUUCGAGACGCUGGAAUCAUCAAAUUAAACUUUGGCAUCUGUUUUAUGUUUGCAUCUUCAGCUUCAGUGGGGUAUACUGCUAGCUUGAUCAAUGGCCUCCUUGUGCUACCAUACUUUACUACCUUUACAAAGGACUUCAGCCCCGAGCUUCUCGGUCUUAUGAUUUCCGCCGCCGCUAUUGGGGGAUUUGUCUCUUUUGUGCCAGGAUCUUAUAUGGCUGAUAUCUUCGGGCGCAAACUCUGUGUUGGACUUGGAUCUGCGAUUGUGGUCAUCUCUGCUGUGAUUCAGGCUAUAUUUACAAAUAAGUGGGCAUUUAUUUGUACCAGGGUCCUCGCCGGUGUAGGAGGAGGAGUGGCAUCUACUGCAGCUCCGUUGCUUGUUACAGAAGUAGCCCAUCCACACAUGCGACAAACUUCAACGGCGCUUUAUAACUCUAUGUGGUAUUUGGGAUCUUUGGUAUCAGCCGCUGUGUCACUUUUUGCUCUGAGGAUUGCAAGUCCUUGGUCGUGGAGAUUGCCCUGCUUGUUGCAAACUGUGUUCCCUUUGCUCCAACUUGCCGGUCUCUUUUUUAUCCCGGAAAGUCCAAGGUGGCUAGUCGCGAAUAAUCAGAAGAUGGAGGCUCUCAACACUCUAACCAAGUGCCAUGCAAAUGGCGUUUCUGGUGACAAUAUAGUUCAACGUGAGUUUGAACAGAUGUGUGAGUCGAUACUGCAACAGCAGAAUACAGCCAAACAAGGCUGGAAGACAUUCUUUUCUUCCCGGGGUCAUAUUCAUAUUCUGGCAAUAUGUAUUUUGAUUGGGUUCAUGGGAGAGUGGGCUGGUAAUGGGAUUAUGUCGUAUUACCUUGCGCCUAUUUUAUCAUCUGUUGGCAUCAGAGAACCGCUGCAUCAGGCCGGGGUAAACCUAAGCAUCCAGGUAUGGAAUCUGUUAAUCGCUAGUAUGGGAUCUUUUGCAUCUGAAAAAUACGGGCGGCGACCUCUAUGGCUGUCGGCAACAGUCUUGAUGUUACUAUUUUUGACCAUUAUAACACUUUUGACUGGUCUCUAUGAGGAACAGGGGGUUUCUCCCGCUGGGAUUGCAACUGUGCCAUUUUUAUUCCUCUUUUACGCUGCAUAUGAUUUAGGCUAUACUCCAAUGUUUAUUGCCUAUCCAGCCGAGAUACUUCCAUUCAAGCUUCGGGCAAAGGGGAUGGCCAUAACCCUUUUGUCAGACUCUGUUGCCGCUUUCUCGAACCAAUACGUCAAUCCUGUGGCUUUUUCUAGUCUGCGCUGGCGUUAUUACUGUGUUUUCUUGGGUUGUCUCACAUUUUUCUUUGUCUCAAUAUAUUUUUUCUUCCCGGAAACGAAGGGAAGAUCACUAGAGGAAGUUUCCGGGAUUUUCAAUAUCGAGGAUAGCUCCGAGCCGAGGGGUGAGGAAGACGCGAGGAAUCAUUGA